UUUAUGUGAGCAAUAAGAGAGCUUCAAAUUAUUUCUUACAUUGAAGUUUUUUCAAGAUCAUGGAUUUCUUUCUUCUCAAAAAGAUUAGUCUCCUCUUCCUUCUCAUUUCUGCAUCACUUAUGUCGAUUUCCUUUGCAGGUCGACUGCGUAGGUCAGUGAACACAUUGGAUCAGAAGCAAGCGAGUGUUGCUCAUGAGGAACAUCAUGGAAAAAUGAGUGAAGUCCAUGAAAGACUUUUGAGAGUGAACACCAAAGACUAUGGAAGACAUGAUAUCGAUCCACCUCCAAGAAUGGUCAGACCUCCUUUCAAACCCAACAGGGCUUCCAAACCCGUUCCAAACUGAUCAUAUAUCUUUUUGAUCAGUGGUACUUGAAUAAAUAAAGUCUAUUAUAUGUAAAUAUAUUAAAUUAUCCUUAUAGUAUAUAUAUAAAUAUUAUAUAACACACACACACGUGUGUAUGUGUGUGUAAAUAUCCUAUAAUAUAUAAAUAUAUAUGAGUAUGCUAUGUUGUUGCCGUGUGUGUUUGUGUGUGUGUGAAUAUCCUAUAAUAUAUAAAUAUAUGAGUAUGCUAUGUUGUUGUAUAUGGGUUUGCAAGCCAGCUUGAUUAUAGUACGUAGAAGAUGGUGUGCAUGCAUGUGUAUCGCUUAUAUACAUAUGUAUGGAAUGUUUGCAUGUCAAAUAGGUAAUGUCUCGAUAAUAAUUAAUGAGAUGAAAAAUCUUGUAUAUUUUGCUUCCUCUUUUGCAAUUGUACAGUUAUAUUUUGUCU